UUUAAUUUAAUAAAUACAUUUCAGUCAAUUCAAUUAUCCAAACGAUCGCGUUGCCCAUACUCUCGCGCAAGAAGAUAUGAAACCCUAGAAAAAUUUUCAGAUCCCGAUCAUUGUGUCCCUUGUUUAUAGUUUUAUCGAAAUCGUUUCAGGAGAAAUGUCUUCAUUUGAUAAUGUUGUUGGUGGAAAGCUGAAACUUAAGGGGAAGGCUCUGGAUGUGAAAGCAGGUGGAGUGAAGAAAAAGAAGAAGCAAAAGAAGCAGUACGAGCAAAUUUCCGAGGUCACAGAAAAUGAGUUUCCAGCAGGUGGAAGUGAAGAAGCUAUAAUUGAUCCCAGCAAGGAAGAGACCAAUGAAGCAAAAAAAUCGAUUGAAAAUAGAAAUGGUGCUAAUUGGGAUGAUAAUCUUACCCCAGCAGAAAGACGCUACAUGGAGCAAAGGGAUCAAAUCGACGUGCAUAGACUGGCAAAGAUAUCUAAUAAAUCGCACCGUGACCGUAUUGAGGAUUUCAACCAGUAUCUAGCAAAUAUGAGCGAACAUUAUGACAUUCCUAAAGUUGGACCUGGUUGACUACUGCAAGAUUACCUGUCUGAAGUCAGAUGUUAUGUAAAAUCACUUAUGUUGGAAGCAUGAUGCCUUGUAAUGUGACUCUAGACUUUGUUAUCUUUUUGUUCUUUUGGAGAAUUAAGACUUGCUUCCUAUUCAAUGUUGGCUUUUGAAAUUGAAGAACUUCAUUUACAAGGAAAUGUUAUUGAACUUGUGGGAAUAUGCAAAAUCAGUAGUAUGAUAUUUUGGAGUAAAUAUUCAAGAAACUA